AUGGAGACGGGGCCCCGGCCGCCCGGCCGCCCCGCCCUCUGGGCCCCCGUGGUCCUGGCCCUCGGCCUGGGCCUGGCCGGCGCCCAGAGGACCCUGGAGGAGGUGCCCGUGCAGCCCGGCUUUGACACCCAGAAGGUGACCGGGCGCUGGCUGACCCUCCGGCUGGCCUCCAGCCGGGCACGCCUGGUCUCCCCCAGCGACCCCCUGCGGCUGGCGCUCCACUCUAUCGCCACGCGGGGCCGGGACCUGGAGUUCCUCUUGUUCUGGACCGGGCAGCAGCUGUGCAGAGGCGUCCGUGUCACCGUCCACCCGACGGGGUUGCCGGGCCAGUACCACGGCGCCAUCGAGGGAGGAGCCCGCGUGCGCGUCCGCUUCGUCAGCACCGACCACCGCAGCCUCCUGCUCUGCGUCCGCGUGGAGGAGGGCGGGCCCGGCGGGGACGCGGGCGAGGUCACCAGCCUGUGGGCGCUGCUGGCCAGACGCCUGCCCGGGGACCCCCAGUUGCUGCGCAGGUUUCUGGGGUACGUGAGGCAGUUCCAGCUGCAGGAGGCCCCUGUCUUCAACCUGGAGGCCCCGUGUCCUCCGCCUGCAGCCCAGGUCCGGCCCUCCCCUCAGUCUUCCGGCGCCUUCUCCCGUUCCCAGGGUCCUGUCCACCCCUGUGCUGCCUGA